AUGGCCUCUGUAGUCUCCUGCCACGAGGGACGAAGACUUGGCAGGGAAAAAAAUGUAGAGAGCACCAUUGAUCUGGUGCUUGCGACAUCGGAGAUAGCAGAGGAGGUAGUGGAAUGCGAUAUUCACACGACAGAGCAUGGAUCCGACCAUCGAGCGAUCCAGACGAUAUUUGAUGUGGCGACCCCUGAAAGGGAUGUAGCGCCUCGGCUUCUGUUGAAAAAUGCGCCGUGGCCCAUGAUCUUGGCCAGGGUGGAGGACAAUCUUCGGCCGCUGCCCUGGACGGUGGAUGUGCAAACGCAGACAGACCAGUUGAUGGAGGUCGUUCUGGAAGCAAUUCGUGAGCUGACACCGCGAGCGCAGCCGCCGGUGUACACGAAGCGAUGGUGGACGAAAGAUUUGACAAGGCUGCGGCGGGCCUACACUUUCUGGCGGAAUCAAGCUAGGGCGACACGGCGUGCCGGAUGCCGGAAAUCGGACCUAGAAACGCGUGCCAAAGAAGCGUCCAAGGAAUAUCACGACGCCAUUCGGAAACAGAAACAAGGACACUGGGAGGACUUCCUGGCCGCGGACAUUACCAUCUGGAAGGCAGCUAGGUACCUGCGGCCAAGUGUGGAGGCCAUGGGCGACAAAGUGCCACCGCUACGCAGAGACGACGGAUCCACGACGAACGACAAGGUGGAGCAGGCGGAGGAACUCCUCAGCACAUUCUUCCCGCCACUCCCAGCACACAUUGAACCGGAGGGUGACCGGCCGCAAAGGGAGGCAGUGCCAAUGCCGGAUCUGACGUUGGAAGAGAUCGAGGAGAAAGUGAUGGUGGCGAAGCCUUGGAAAGCGCCAGGAGAGGAUGGCCUCCCAGCGGUUGUAUGGAAGCGCCUGUGGCCUGUGGUGAAGUACAGGGUCUGGGCCCUUUUCGAUUCCUCGCUGCGAGACGGCGUAGUACCUCACCGAUGGAGAACCGCGAAGAUCAUCCCGCUGAAGAAGGCUGACAAAGAAAACUACGCACUAGCCAAAGCGUGGCGGCCGAUAUCGCUUUUGUCUACGCUGGGCAAGAUACUAGAAGCUGUGAUUGCAGAACGUAUGUCGUAUGCGGUGGAAGCCUGCGGUCUGCUGCCAACCAACCACUUUGGGGCCAGGAGGAGGCGAUCAGCCGAGCAGGCACUCGUCCUCCUGCAGGAACAGAUCUACAAGGCAUGGAGGAGCGGUAAGGUGCUCAGCUUGGUCAGCUUCGACGUCAAGGGUGCGUAUAACGGCGUGCACAAGGAGCGGCUGCUUCAAAGGAUGAGAGCGAGAGGGAUGCCAGAUAGGCUGAUACGAUGGCUGGACGCCUAUUGCUCGGACCGGACGGCUACAAUGGCCGUAAACGGCUUCACGUCUGAACGGCAAAAACUGUCCCAGGCCGGGCUACCGCAAGGAUCAUGCCUUUCGCCAGUCUCCUAUUUAUUUUUCAAUGCGGACCUAGUGCAGCGAAAGAUCGAUGCAAACGGCGGCUCUAUCGCUUUUGUCGAUGACUAUUCGGCAUGGGUGACCGAACCGACGGCAGAGGCGAACCGUGCCGGUGUCCAAUCGAUUAUAGACGAAGCGUUAGCAUGGGAAAGGCGGAGCGGUGCUACUUUCGAAACGGACAAGACAUCAAUUAUCCAUUUCACCAGGACUGCAGCGCGCUCGAGCAACACGCCUUUCACGAUCAAAGGAAGAGAGGUCAUGGCCAAGAGUAGUGUCAAGCUGUUGGGAGUGACCAUGGAUGCAGGGUUGCGGUACAGGGAACACGUAGCCGCGACGGCUUCUAGCGGACUGACAGUGGCAAUGUUCUUGAGAAGGCUGAAAAUGGUGUCGCCUCGAGUGGCAAGGCAGCUAUUCACAGCGGCAGUGGCACCAGUCAUGGACUACGCCUCUACUGUGUGGAUGCACGCCUGCGGCGCCAGGGAACUGGCUUGGUUAAACAGGGCGCAAAUGGAAGGGGCACGGGCGAUCACGGGUGCUUUCCGCGGGGUCGCGACAUCGGUUGCGGAGGCCGAGGCCAGCAUUCAACCAGUGCAGGAGCGUCACGCUCAAGCCGCAGCAAGACUAUGGAUCAAUGUGCGCACGCUGCCGAAGACACACCCGCUCGCGAGGUCCAAGUUCAUAGCGAAGCGUCGGUUUGUGUCGCCAAUGCAGAAGAUACGAAUGGCACUAGAAGGAACCGACACGGAUCGACUAGAGGUCAUUGAUGCGUAUACCGUGGCACCGUGGCAUGAACGGAUUCAAGCCACGGGUGAAGAGGACCAAAGUGGUGACCAAGUGGGCAUGGGCGGCGUUGUGCGCGACACGGCCAUCAACAGUGUGGACGAGGUGGUGGCUAGCUACUCUGUCCUCCUGGGAUCCAGAGACGAGCAGAACCCAUACACAGCGGAAUUGGCAGCCAUGUCGUUUGCACUGAAGUGCAUGCCGGCUGGAAUGCGCGGUCGGGACAUCACCAUCAUGACAAGCAACCGCUCAGCGGCACAGGUCGUCUGGCGGCCGCGACAACAGUCGGGCCAACGCACGAUCAAGCAGAUAUAUGACCACACGGAGCGCCUGCGGAAAUAG